AAGAGCUUAUGAUGUAAGCUAUAAUGUUAUAAGCCCUAAUGCUAUAAGCAUCUAUAUAAGUUGUUUAUCCAAACGGGGCCUUUAACUAUGUACAUAUGCUUCAGAUGCAACAGCAGAGUGUUUUAAUGGCUGAAGUAACGAAACAACUGGAAUUGCAGAAAACACCUUUAGUGAGAGAAGAGUAUGUUGAAUCAUCACAGAACGAGUCACGUUUGGCUGGAAAGAAAGUGAAAUUACCACUGUUCGAAGGGGAUGAUCCAGUUGCGUGGAUCACACGUGCUGAGAUCUACUUCGAUGUGCAGAAUACUCCAGAUGACAUGAGGGUGAAAUUAUCCCGUUUGAGUAUGGAAGGUCCUACGAUCCAUUGGUUCAACUUACUAAUGGAAACAGAGGACGAUCUAUCCAGGGAGAAAUUGAAGAAGGCGUUGAUCGCUCGUUACGACGGUCGAAGACUGGAGAAUCCAUUCGAAGAAUUAUCAACACUUCGUCAAAUUGGAAGCGUUGAAGAGUUUGUCGAAGCUUUCGAGUUGCUAUCGUCGCAGGUUGGAAGGUUACCGGAGGAGCAAUAUUUGGGUUACUUCAUGAGUGGAUUGAAAGCUCACAUCAGAAGACGAGUUCGUACGCUGAAUCCUACGACGCGGAUGCAGAUGAUGAGAAUCGCAAAAGAUGUGGAGGAUGAAUUGAACGAGGAAGAUGAUGAUGGAGGUCGACCUUACGGGAAGAAGCAUGGAGGUGAUCGGGUGGGCUGAAAUGAAUGAGCUGGGUUGAUGUUUAAGAAUCGGAGCAGAUCUAACCCGAGUUCAAAAGAUCCGACCCGGUUCACUAACCCUACUGGAUUUAACCCGGUUCACAAAACAGGUUCGGUGGGUUCCAGUCAAAAUUCAAACACGUCUUUGAUUUCGACUGGGAGAAAAUCUUAAAAUGACCAUCGUGUUGUAACUUCAGAACGAUGGAAGGGUGUUAGGAGCAUACAGAACGGCGAAAUGGCGGAGAGAAGGGCAAAGGGUUUGUGCUUCAAGUGUGGAGGAAAAUACCAUCCAACACUUCAUAAGUGCCCUGAGAAAUCGUUGAGGGUGCUGAUUCUAGGUGAAGGGGAAGGUGUUAAUGAAGAAGGGGAAAUUGUUUCGUUGGAAACACAAGAGGUUUUAGAAGAGGAAGAAGAAGAAAUUGAGUCUGAAUGCAAGGUGAUUGGAGUCUUGGGUAGUAUGGGGGAGUACAAUACGAUGAAGAUUGGGGGAAAAUUAGAGAACAUUGAUGUGGUGGUAUUGGUGGAUAGUGGAGCCACUCACAACUUCAUCUCUGCCAAACUAACCUCUGCUUUGGGUUUGACUAUCACUCCUAUGGCUGCUAGGAAAAUCAAAUUGGGAGAUGGACACGAAGUACUGUCACAAGGAGUUUGCAAGGGCAGGGAAGGAACAAAGGAAGGCAGUGUUUUCUUAACUCAUUCUCAGAAGGAAGACAAGAAGGGUUGGAAGAAGAGUGGUGGAUGUCUCAAUUUGAACAACUUAUCUCUGGCCAAACAUGUGGAAACACUUCAGUAAGCAUAAACAUAUCGUGAUUGACUUGUCUUGGUGAGGGAUAAUUUGAACUCAACAGAUCUGUGGCAGUGAGUAAGCGCAAAUCCACAAAGGGGUUUUAUCAAAAUUGGAUUUUUAUAUAUACUUUUAAUUUGUUGUGAUGGCUAACAGUAACGAUGAACAAAUUCUGAGUAGCAGUGAAAAUACCUCACAGUUUAUGGAGUUUGGAGAUAUAGAAAGUGAUAUGAAAGUUGGAUUUGGAUUUGCUAUUGAAGGAAUGGAAGAUAUAGGGAAAAUUGAUUUUAAAAAAUUAAAUGCAAGUGAUGUGAUGAAGUUUCAUUUUCCAAAUAUUGCAGUGGCUUAUACAUUUUAUAAUUGGUAUGCUCGAAUGAAUGGUUUUUCUGCUCGUAGAAGCAAAGUAAGGAGAAACAAAAACAACGAGAUUAUACAACAAAUAUUUGUUUGCUACAGACAAGGUUUUAGAGAAAAAAAGCUUGAGAACAAUAAAAUCCGUAAGCGUGAGGCAAGAGCUGACACUAGGUGCGGAUGUGACCAAAAUGCAUACAAAACAAGGUUGAAGAACAAGUCUGUUGAGGCUUGGCGUACAAAAAGAUAUGCAUAGACCUUCAACAAGGACACUACAUUUUGAGCGGAUAGGCUUUACUUCCGCUAAACAACUCUUCAAUGUUUAAGUUCUCUAUUUUGAUGUAACAACUUUUUAAAUUAUCGUUUGUCCAAUGUUGACUUUUUUUGAGCUAAUAUUUUGUGAGUACUUAGUUACUCUACAAAGUGUCAUUUGUCCUGUGUUGACAUCUUUGUUCUAAUGUUUAGUUAGUACCCUGUUAUUCUAAGAAAUGGAAUGAACUAUCCUACUGCUGGAUAUGUAAUGUUACUACUAUCAUAUAUUAAGCUUUAAGUUUAUUGAA